UAGCGAAAAUCGCCAGCAGGUACAUAUAUGUCCGGUGCAUAUAUAAGCUCGACUUGGCACUCUCCGCUCAGUGUGUAGAGAUGCCUAUCUCGUGGGACCAGUUCGUUGGAGGCUGCCAAAUGAAUUACUUGUUCCUGAUUCUGUGGGCCACUUCCGUGGCCGGCCAAUCCUCCGAGGAGAUCUACCGCCUGCUGGCCAAGAGCCAUGUCAACCAGAACCUCGUCGUCUCGCCCGUCUCCAUAGAGACCAUUCUGAGCAUGGUCUACAUGGGAGCGGAAGGCUCCACUGCACGGGAGAUGCAGAGUGCGCUGAGACUGCCGUCCGGGGACAAGCAGGAGGUGGCCUCCAAGUACGGAGCCCUCCUCAACCAGCUCAACCAGCGGCAGGAGAACGGACCCACUCUGAAGCUGGCCAACCGCAUCUACGUCAACGACCAGUUCAGCCUGAGUUCGGACUUCAAUGAGGCGGUCAGAGAACCCUUCAGGGCCGAGGCGGAGUCCAUCAGUCUGGCCAACGGCCCCGUGGCGGCCGAGAGAAUCAACCAGUGGGUGCUCGACCAGACCAGCGGCAAGAUCAAGAACAUGAUCGAUCCCGGCAGCAUGACGACUGAGAUCAAGGCCAUGCUGGUGAACGCCAUCUACUUCAAGGGCCAGUGGGAGUCCAAGUUCGACCCGGAAAAGACCAAAGCCUCCACCUUCCAGGAGACUGCCGAGAAGAGUGUGCCCGUCCAGAUGAUGACGCAGAUGGGCACCUUCAGGGCGAACUACUUCCCCGACCUGGAUGCCCAAGUGCUCGAGCUGCCCUACCAGAACUCCAACCUGUCCAUGACCAUCUUUCUGCCUCGCGAAGUUGGAGGUCUGAGCUCGCUGGAGGAGAAGAUCGCUGGCUUCGCCAGACCGCUGGAGGCCAAGGAGGUGUUUGUGAAGCUGCCCAGGUUCAAGAUCGAGUUUCGCGACGAACUGAAGGAGCCCCUCGAAAAGCUGGGCAUCCGAGAGCUUUUCACCGACAAGUCGGACCUAGGCGGCUUGUUCGCCGAUAAGUCAGGCGGAAAAGUCAGCCAAGUCUCGCACAAGGCGUUCCUGGAGGUGAACGAGGAGGGGGCAGAGGCCGCGGCUGCCACAUCUGUAGCAGUCACGAAUCGAGCGGGCUUUUCCAUGUUCUUCGUGGCCGAUCAUCCAUUCGCCUUCGUCAUUCGCGAUGCAAACACCGUAUUCUUCCAGGGCCGAGUUGUCAGUCCCUAAAUAAAUGGAUAAUAUUCAAA